UGUGCGUAAGCGGCGACGACGCACUUCCUCGCACCUGCGCUGUGUGGUCCCAACCAUGGCGCCCGGUAUGCGGGCCGUGUUGACGGGAAUAUGUCUCAUCACCCUCGGUAACAUAUGUUUGGCCUAUCCGACCUGGGACAACCCUUGGUGGCCUCGAGAUUUACUCGAGAAAUUCGACACAACGUUUGAAGAAUUGGAGCGGCAGCGUCCUCCACAGGGACCGUUUGUUUGUACUACACUGAAGUCAUGGAGAGUGGAGAAUUUGAUAGCCUCAGGCACAGAGGGAGACAGGAUCGACCGAAUCAUCGGCUAUGGAUGCGAGCAGCCGGCUUCCUCGCAGACCACGUGGAUCUGCGAGCCAAGCCGGCCUGACACGGUGUGUGCGGGGCCGGUGCUGGGGACGGUGUUCAACUGGGAGAAGGAGCGGGAGGCUGGACCGGGACAGACCAGUAUGAUGGAGGAGGAGGACGUAGAAGUCGGUCCGGGGGACAUCAACACUGUCGUCCUGGCCAUGCGAUUCACCGAUGAUGGAGAAGAGGAGGGCCAAGAAGAGGGAGCCGUUCAAGAAGAUAAAAACAAAGAAGACGCCCAGUCAGUAGCUGAUCGCGGAACGGACGACAGUUCGCUGCAGGUUGAGGAAGACUGGCCUGUGCAGAACCUGGAGCUAGGACAGGUGUCCGGAGUGGCCGUGUGUCCGGCUGGGCACGUCCAUGUGUUCCACAGGGGGGAUAGGGUCUGGGACUCCAGCUCGUUUGACGAUGACAACGUGUACCAGCAGCAGGACCUGGGUCCGAUCCAGACGGACACGGUGGUGGAGCUGGACCCCAGCACCGGGGACCUGGUGCGCAGCUGGGGGAAGGGCAUAUUUUUCCUGCCCCACGGUUUGGCCAUGGAUGGGGACGGGAAUUACUGGCUGACGGACGUCGCCAUGCACCAAGUCUUCAAGUUUCCUGCCAGCGGGGACUCGGUACCCCUCCUUACUCUCGGAGAGGCCUUUCAGCCCGGAAGUGACGACAAACACUUCUGUAAGCCCACCGAUGUGGCAGUGGACGAUAGCACUGGAGACUUCUUUGUUGCAGACGGUUACUGCAACAGUCGCGUCAUGAAGUUCUCCAAGGACGGCACCCUCCUACUGCAGUGGGGCCGCCCCAGCCCCCAGGGGUACAGCCUGUCUGGCCCUCCCCCCGGGACGUUCCGUAUCCCCCACUCCCUGACCAUGGUCCAGGACCGCGGGGAGGUGUGCGUGGCUGACAGAGAGAACGGGCGGGUGCAGUGCUUCGAGAUCAAAGAGGGCAAGUUCAGGAGAAUGUUCCGGGAGAGGGAGUUUGGAGGCCGUGUGUUUGCUGUUGACUACAACCCUGACCAGGGAGGUGUUCUGCACCUUGUGAACGGACCGACGCUGGCUGGCGCCACCCUGCCCGUGGAAGGCUUCACGGUCAGGUUCAGUGACGGGGAGAUCCUGGACACGUGGCGACCAACCCCGCGGGGUUUCAGCCAGCCCCAUGACGUAGCCUCUGCUCCAGACGACUCCGCGGUCUACGUGGUGGAGAUCGGCCCAAACAAGGUGUGGAAAUUCGUGCCCGCCAACGAGCAGCCCAAUGUCAUCUUACCUGCCUAGGCUUGUAUCUCCACAUUAAUAUUAUAUCAGAAGGGUCGGAGGCUGGUGUAUUAAAAUCCAAUGGACUACAAACGUGUAAAAUUUGUCGUCUUGUGCAAUAUCUAUUGUAUUGUGUCGGAAAGUAAGAACUAUAUAUAUUUUGUGACGAAGAUACUCUUUAUUCAAGAAGUUGCUCUUCAUAAUCCAGAUGUACAUGAAAUUCACUUGUGUACUUCACUAUAACCAAGGUGUAUUAAACUGUCUGGUAAGAUAUGUGGUGGUUUUCAAAACAUGCAUGCUUCAGGCAUGAACGGAACGGAAGAGCAGUUGAAAAGAAUGCUGAAUGGUUGCCUUACAGGAAAUUGAUUCGAGUUUCUAUGUGCCCAAAGGAUCUAUACAUGUACUCUAAAACUGUAAACAAGUUCUUCAUCGUGGUGUGUUACUGGGUAUCUAUCUGGCCAACAAAGGAGCGCGAGGUGACCUAUAUGUCGCCCUGUUAUUUCUUCACCUUCGUUUGGCACGUUUGGCGUAGGCAUUAGAUCUAGACUUAGAGGAAAGUUUUGUUUCAAACAAAAUCCCACAGUUGUCGCACAAUUGAGAUUCUUUGUUCCCGUUUUCCCUGGAGAUACAAGGUGACGUGACAAUCUUUUUGGUUCACCGCCUGACGUACAUUACUGUUAACACUUGUUUCACGCACAGUUUUCGUAACGAGUGUAUCAGUGUACAUGUAUGGAUGAAAAUAAAGUAUCUGUAAACUUG